AUGAGCGGCCAUGGCGAUCCCCGACUGCUCUACACAAUUGGCGGCAUCAAGGCCUACCACAUCCAGCAGGGCGAAGAGUCCUCGCUCACACCCUCGGGCCCGCAGACGCUGUCGCUGUUGAUGGUCCCCACCAACUCACCAUUCGCAGACCUCAGCAACACGCGCGGCCAGAACGAGGCGCCCGAAGAGGACUUCUACCUGCACCUCAAUCUGCCCCCAGAGCUCGACCUGCCUCUCCCCGCCACGACCCAGAUCUACCACCAGCCGCCGCGGAGCUACCUCAUUCCGCGAUGGGACUUGGGCCCAGAGAGCGGCGCCUUCACGAGGAUAGAGUUCCCCUCGCUUGGCAAGGGUCCAGACUCGGUGACGCAGGAAGACAUUGACACUUUUGAUGACCAUCUUGGCGCAAUGCACAGCCUUCCUCGAAGCAAAGGCGGCUUGAAGUCGUACAACCCCCAGGACUACGCGCCGGGCGAGGCCUAUGCGGGCUCGAGCAAGGUCAAGCAUGGCGAGGUGGUGCUGGUCGACGAGGAGAACGGCAGCGUGGUGGGCGAGCUGGCCGAGGGUGCACAGAUUAUCGAGGACCCCAGGUUGCAGCAAGGCUCCAAGAGAUCAGACCCCGUCGAGAUUGUUGUCUCUGCCGACGGUAAGAGAAUCAACAUCCGACCGCUCGAAGACGACUACCUCGACAUGGCCCGCCAUCCCGCAUACAAAGACUCUGGUCUCGUACAGAACUCAGCAGCAGCCUCGCGGCUCAUCGUCACCGGCUCCAGCUAUAUCAGCAACAUGAUGGUCAAGGGUGCCGAGAACUUCAUGGCCAAGACUAGGCCAAACGAUCAGCCCAUGGUCUUCCAGCCUGCGACCCACGAGCGCGUCCGCAAGAUCAACACACUCACAACUGGCGUGGCUGGCUACUCUGCAAAGACUGUCGGUCAGCUCACAAAGUACGCGCAGAACGCUGCAGCCGGUCUGGCAGGGCACAAGAAGACCCAUGCGAAGAGCGUCAACCCAGACGGUACACCAAACGACAAGUACAAACCAGGCCUGCUCAACAAGUCGUUGAUCGCGUUCUCGACCAUCGCAGACGGUAUCUCCUACUCUGGCAAGAACAUUCUUACCCAUGGAGGUGCAGCAGCCAGUGCAGCUGUCGGACACAAGUACGGCGCCGAGGCAGGCAGCAUCACCAGCGAUCUUGCAGGCGGUGUGAAGAACGUCGGUCUCGUCUAUAUCGACGUUACCGGAGUCAGCCGAAGAGCUAUCAUCAAGUCAGUUGCUAAGGGCAUGGUCGUCGGCAAGGUCAAGGAUAAGAAGGGCAACGAGCAAACUGUCAUGGUAGGUGGAGGCGAUGGAGGCGCCGUGGAUCCGACGGACCUCAACCCGAAGCUCGGUGCAAAGCAACGCAAACUAUGCCCCGAGUGCUGCAGGUACUGCACCUGGUGGAGAGGUCGCUUUUGGCAACGUAGCGCCGCCCACCUAUCGCACUGGUGUCGGAAGAGUCGCUCGAGGGUCAACCGGCCUACUACCCUACGGAGAAGAGAUAGACCGAGCAUGUCGAUGACGAGGUACGAGGUUACGAUACUAUACCGCUUGCAUGAUAUGGGGAAUAUUGAAGCAGAUCCACACAUGAUUUUUAUAGCCACUGUGGUCUUUCCUUUUGCAUACCAUGACUGCGUUUCCAAUGACAGGUAG